AUGUUGCUGGUAACGUCGUCUUGCGCGCAGACAGCGGGCGGAGCAGGCGGAAGCAGUGGCGGCGGUAGUAACAUCAGCGGAAAGAUCAGCGGAAGCAGACGGGGAAUGGCGCAGCUUUUAGCAGCCGGGGAAGCGCCUUCCCGCCGCCCCAUGCGGUUCUAUCCCACAAUGGCGGCUCCCACGGGUCAGAACGUGCGACGCGGCGCUUCCCUGCCGAUAAGCUAUUACACAAUAACGCCGCAAUCAGCCCACGUCGCCGAUUCCGGCGCUAACGAAUUAUUCCCUUCGAACCGCACCAUCGGUAGCGAGAGCCGCGGUAGCGAGAGCAGCGGUAACGAGAGCAGCGGAAGCGUGAGCGCGCCCGGCGCGGCCGGCGCUGCCGGAAAUACUCAGAUAAAGCCGUUCGCGGGCCCGAUAGGGAUUAGUCCGGGGUGGGAUAGCUUUCAGUGCCGGAACAGUCCGUACUGCGGGGUAAUGUAUGCGCCGAUCAAGGUGUAUGUUAUAUGGUACGGCAAGUUCACGGCGACGCAGAAGGAGCUCGUGCGCGCCUUCACGCGGUCGCUCAGCCCUAGCUCGGAUCCCUCUAUAACUGUACCCCUGUGGUGGAACAUCAACCGGCUGUACUACGACCGUAACGGGCGUUUCAUCUCCAGCUCCGUUACAUUUGCAGAUGAAACGGCUGACACCGGCUAUUCCCGUGGCUCGAGCCUCAGCGACAGCGAGAUCGACUCUCUCGUCUCGUCCGCCAUAAACGGCCAAAAUUUGCCGUACGAUCCAAACGGCGUGUACUUUGUCCUCUCAGAUGAAACGGUCGGGCAGUCAUCCCAGGGAUCCGCCUUCUGCACGCACUACUGUGGCUGGCACACCUACACUGACGUGUCGGGCAAGGGGCGCGUGGUCAGCAGCUGGGUGGGCAACGCCAGGUCCAAGUGCCCUGGGAGCUGCAUCGCCAGCCUCAUCUCAAGCUCGUCCGCCUCGCCCAACCGCGACAAGGGCAUGGAUGGGCUGCUGUCCGUGUAUGCACACGAGCUGGCAGAGGCAACUAGCAGCCCGUACCUGCUGACGUGGAUGGACGGCGAAGGGGAGGAGAAUGCAGAUAAAUGCGGGUGGAAGUUUGGCACCGUAAAGCGUGAUUCCUCAAACGCUCCAUUCAACCUAGUAGGUGUCAACGGAAAAUGUCGCCCCGUUGUCGCCGCAUCUGGCGUUUCCGUGCGAGCCUCAACGGCAGUUUCAAAGGCGCGCUUCCGCUGUUCCUGGGGCUCCUACUUGCGUUCCUUCAGCUUACCGUCAUUUCCGUCGUCGAAUCAUCCCCACGAGCGCCCUUUCCGCGCAACCCCCCCAUCAGAUACACCUUCGCCAGAAGAGCCGGCCUUUUACAGGCAGUUGAAACCUCCACCAGCAGAAGCGCGGAUUCGAGCGACAAGACCCCCGCGACCGUCCGUCCCUCGGGAAUUGCGCGCGUCUACAAUGCAAGAUCCCGAUCAAAUGGCCUUCUGCGCCGCCUCGCCCGCGCAUUGCGGCGUGAUGCACGCGCCUGUGGGGGUGUACCUGGUGUGGUACGGAGCUAAGUUCAGCGAGAAGCAGAAGGACAUCGUGCGCCUCUUUAUUGCCUCUCUCUCUUCGGACGCCUCCAAUCCCGACGCCACAGUACCCGCAUGGUGGGCUGUCAACACGCUCUACUUCGACCAGCAGGGCCGAAACAUCUCCUCCAAUGUGACUAUAAAGGGCGAGACUCACGACACCAAAUACACCCGCGGCACCAUGCUGCUGCGCUCUGACGUGGCGGGGCUCGUCCAAUCAGCGGUCGGGAACGGAUCCCUGCCGUACGACCCGGACGGCGUGUAUUUCGUCCUUUCCGAUGAAGAUGUUUCUCAGAUGGAUGAUCCGAGUGGGACCGGGGGUGCGCAGUAUGCGCUCGCGUUCUGCUCGCACUACUGCGGAUGGCACUCCUUCACCCAAGGAAAGGACGGGCGACCCCUCAUCAUCUCAUUUGUGGGGAACGCAGUCAAUCAGUGCCCGGAGGGCUGCAUCCCGCCGUACCUGAACCAGCCUGGAGCGGUGGCGCCGAACGGGGACACGGGGAUGGACGGGAUGGUGUCGGUGUUGGCGCAUGAACUCGCAGAGGCCACCAGCAGCCCCUUCCUCGCCACGUGGUUCGACGACCAGGGCGAGGAGAACGCCGACAUCUGCUCCUCGAGUUAUGGUGAUGUGAUAUCAGAUGCAGCUACUGGUGUGCAAUACAACAUCGUGGGCCAGAAUGGGGCACGAUUUCUUGUACAAGCAAAUUUAGACCCACGAGCAGGGAGUUGUGUGAUAGCACCUGUUGCAAUCGACUCACCUAUUCUCCUCUCUGCGUUACUCGGCGGUGUGUCGUCCGCAAGCCCGCUGUUUCCAUCCAUCCCGGAAAGCGGCACCCUCAGAGAAUGGAGUUCGAUGCGUCGGAUUUCCAGAAUCUCGUAUGCGCCCAUUCGCGGCUCUCGCAUCAGCAGGCGCAGUCUCACGGAAGUCGCGUCUUCGGGAGGAAUUAGAAGCGGCGUGGAGAUCAUGACGCAGCAAACGAAGCUCCCGCAUGGAGUCAGAUCUCUCAUAGAUAACAGCGCUCAAGUCGGUGCUUCCUCAACGAAUCCCGCACCCAAGAACAUUGGCUACCACUGGGACGAUCCCAGUGCCGCCUACAUGUGCUCCGCGAACGCCAAGUACUGCGGAGUCAUGCACGAGCCCAUUGCGGUGUACCUCGUAUGGUACGGCCAGUUCACGGAGGCGCAGAAGCAGAUCAUGCGCACGUUUAUUGAAUCGCUCAGUAGCAGCAACGACACCUCUUUGACUGUUCCCAAGUGGUGGAACAUCAACCGGCUCUAUUACGACGCCCAAGGCAACUACAUUUCUGGAUCCGUCACUCUCAAGGGCGAAAUAGACGACACACGCUACUCCAAAGGCACCACUCUAUACAACUCUGGCGUCGCCGACCUCGUUUCGUCCGCUGUGAACGAGGGGAAACUGCCCUAUGACAGCAACGGAGUCUAUUUUGUCCUUGGAGAUUCUCAAGUGGCUCAAGAGGACGAUUCAAGCUACUCCCAGUCAGGAUUCUGCAGCAGCUACUGCGGCUGGCACGCUUACACCCACGACAACCUCGAGCUCGUGAUUUCCUUUGUCGGUAACGCGGUAACCAGGUGUCCGGAGGGCUGCAUCCCGCCGUACCUGAACCAGCCUGGAGCGGUGGCGCCGAACGGCGACGCGGGGAUGGACGGGAUGGUGUCAGUGUUGGCGCAUGAACUCGCAGAGGCCACCAGCAGCCCCUUCCUCGCCACGUGGUUCGACGAUCAGGGCGAGGAGAACGCCGACAUCUGCGCAGGGGAGUAUGGAGAUGUAACACAGGAUGCAACUACAGGAGCGUACUUCAACCUGGAGGGUGUUCGGGGAUCUAAGUUCAUUGUGCAGGCGAAUCUUGACCCGGUUACCGGCCGCUGUGUUGUUCAGUCUGAUGGGCCAGAGGCUCUGGGAAGCCCGAGCCAGCCUCCCUCUCCGGCUGGUCCUACUCCCAGUCCACCACCCGUUUCAGAGCCACCUGUCACCAUUCCAACACCCCAGGUUACCGUCCCUACACCUCCUGAAACCGUUCCAGAGCCGCCUACUGUUGCUACACCUGAGCCACCAGUUACUGGAACCCCCACUGGAGGGAGUACAUGGGAUGCACUUGUUUCCUUCUUCAAGAGCUUGUUUGGGUUUUAA